AUGGCCUCGUCGACUCCAACCGCUGCACCGGCCCCAGCCCGGCCUCCGUUUCCACCGUUCACGCGCGAAACGGCAGAAAAAAAGGUCAAGGCCGCUCAGGAUGCCUGGAAUACAAAGAACCCCUCGAUCGUCGCCCCGGCCUACACCGAGGACUGCAUCUGGCGCAACCGCGACGCGUUUUUGCAGGGCCACGCCGCGAUUGUCCGGUUCCUCGAGGGCAAGUGGUCGCGCGAGAGCGGCUACCGCCUGCGCAAGGAGCUCUUUGCCUUUACCGACGACCGCAUUGCCGUGCAGUUCUGGUACGAGUACUUUGUGGAAGGCAAGGACGGCAAGGGCGACGGCAAGGGCGACGGCAACGGCAAGGGCGGCGAGAAACAGUGGUACCGGUGCUAUGGGCUGGAGGACUGGACGUUUGCGGCGGACGGGCGCAUGCGGAAGCGCAUGAUGAGCGGCAACGACGUGGCGAUUGCCGAGGACGAGCGCUGGUUCCGCGACGGCGUGGACGUCAACACGGUGCCCAUCAGUGAGAAGCAUUGGUAG